AUGUAUGCACCAAAUAAGGAAGAACCUCCCCAGUGUCAUAAUGUUUUCAGAACGAAAUACACUAUUGAUGGGAAGGUAUGUGAUUUGAUUAUUGAUUGUAACAGUAGUGAAAAUAUUAUUUCUUCUUUGAUGGUACAGAAUUUGAAGCUGAAAACUAAAAAACAUCCACAUCCAUAUAGAAUUGUGUGCAUAAAAAAGAAUUAUGAAACCAAAGUUACAGACACUAUUUUAAUUAAGUUCUCAAUGGGAAAAACUAUUUUUUAUGAAAUUUACUAUGACAUUGUUGAGAUGGAUGCUUGUCAUCUAAUUUUAGAUAGAUCAUGGGAUUAUGAUUUAGAUGCAACUCACUUAGACAGAGAUAAUCAUUAUAUAUUUUACAAAAAUUGCGAGAAGUUUUUCUUACGACCAAUAAAAGAAAAUAAGUUUUUCAGUACAGUUAAAGAAAAGAAAAUAUAA